GCAGCACACCACUUCUCAAAUUUUCCCCCCGUUGUGUUCUGUCACCAACUCACCUCUCCGCCAAUUCCUCCUGCUUUCCUGUUUCACUCAAAUCUCACAUACCCACAUGUGUGCGUGUGUGUACACCCCUGUAUAUAUAUAUAUGUGUGUGUGUGGGUGCGUGUGUCCUAUACAUACACAUAACAAAAGAAACGACAGGGGGAGAGACAGAGAGAGGGGUCUGCUCAAGUUCUGAUACUUUUCUUGAGCAUUCAAAAGCCUCCCCUUUUUCAUUUAACUAAUAAAAAUUCUUUCUUUAUAGCGAAGCCAUGCAAAGCUAAAGAGGGAAAAAGGGUUCUUUUUUCUUUUCAGUUCUUGAUUCUGUGCGGCUGGUUGGUGGGAGAAAGAAACCGAGAUGAAGAAGGAAGAUCAAGGGAGGUCUCUGUUUGGGAUAUCUUUGACUGAUAGGCCCACUUGGCAGCAGUUCCUCAUCUGUUCUUCUGGUUUCUUCUUCGGCUAUCUUGUCAAUGGAAUUUGCGAGGAGUAUGUGUACAAUCGCCUACAAUUCAGCUACGGGUGGUACUUUACCUUUGUGCAAGGAUUUGUAUAUUUAGUGUUGAUAUACUUGCAAGGCUUCACCACCAAGCAAAUGGUGAACCCAUGGAAAACGUACGUGAAGCUCUCUGCGGUGCUAAUGGGCUCUCAUGGAUUGACGAAGGGCUCCUUAGCUUAUCUUAAUUAUCCAGCACAGAUCAUGUUUAAGUCCACAAAGGUACUGCCUGUGAUGGUGAUGGGUGCAUUUAUCCCUGGCUUGAGAAGGAAAUACCCCAUUCACGAAUACGUCUCCGCAAUUCUUCUCGUUAUUGGCCUGAUUCUUUUCACCUUAGCCGAUGCAAACACUUCUCCGAACUUCAGUGUCAUUGGUAUAGUGAUGAUUGUGGGUGCUCUAGUCAUGGACUCGUUCCUCGGUAACUUGCAGGAAGCAAUUUUUACCAUGAACCCUGAAACCACUCAGAUGGAGAUGCUAUUUUGCUCGACGGUGGUCGGUUUGCCUUUCCUUUUGCCACCCAUGAUAUUGACCGGAGAGUUGUUCAAGGCAUGGAAUUCGUGUUCUGAGCAUCCUUAUGUUUACGGUGUGCUAGUCUUUGAAGCAAUGGCUACGUUUGUCGGUCAAGUCUCCGUUCUAUCACUCAUUGCCAUUUUCGGGGCUGCCACCACCGCUAUGAUCACAACUGCAAGAAAGGCGGUAACAUUGUUGUUGUCAUACUUACUCUUCACCAAGCCCCUCACAGAACAACACGGCUCAGGGCUGCUCCUCAUAGCCAUGGGAAUCAUACUGAAACUCGUCCCCGACAGCAAACCUCCUAAUCGGGUCACUAUUUCCCAUUCUACCAGCCGGGAGGAAAAGUCUCGUCCGAAAGAAGCUAGGAAGCGGAUGGAAGACGGAGAGAGCGUAGACAGUGAAGAGAAACAGCCGUUAGUCUAACUCAUGAAGUCGAUCAUUUAGGCGAUACAUUUAAUUGUAUUUCGAAAUCUUACAUUGACUACAAGGUUUAGUAGAAUUCCUUGACAUUGGAUGCCAUUUUUUAUGUACUUAGGAUGGAAUUUUGCUUCCUACAUCACAUG